AUGAACUUCGAAAGCUGGCCACUAUGGCAGAAAAGGUCGACAGAAUUCACAAAUACCCUCAACAACUCAGUAUCUGGGAUUAUCUUUAUCAAGACUGGGCAGCUCAAAGCAGGAACCCCAUGCGUUGUCAACGGGUUCAUCGGUCAACUCUCAGUAUCAGCAUCUGACUUUUCCGUACUUGCAAUAUCUGUGACAACUUUACUCACAGUCACUCGCCACAUGUAUAUCCCAACUACGUCGAAAACGAGAAAAACGUUAAUUUGUGGUGCAAUAUGGACCAUGCCACUGAUCACAAGUCUCAUCCCGACCAUCAUGGGUGAGAUGGAGCCUGUUGGGGGCAAUUGGUGCUGGAUAUCAUCGACUCGAUCCGACUUACGAUAUGGAAUGACACAUGGCUGGCGCUUCUUUAUCAUUUUCACAACUAUCAUCAUAUACAUCUACAUCUGGAUAUACUUACGACGACACCUCGGCCCUAGAAACAAAAAGACGCGGCAAACUAUUUCAUUCUCGACGCAUAACACCAACAGUGUAUUCUCCAAAGGCUCAAAAGAGAUGGGCUUUCGGGUUAUGAGAGAAGACACUCUAGAACUCGAUACUUUUGGGACCUUCGAACCGAAUAUCUUACCCAAUUCGCCAACUAUGUUUGACCAAAGGAGAAGUUUUUGGAACACAUUGCAGCGCGACAAAAUCGAAGAGAUUCAAGAUGCAGGAUUGGAAACUCAAGAACCACACUCUUCACGACAACCUUACACCAACGUUUUACAAACCAACGCCAGCGAAUUUCCCCAGCGUCGAGGAACCCGCGAUGUUGAAGUUGAAAUCAAGAGGAUGAUGCUGCUAAACGGUUACCCGUUUAUUUUAUCGGAUUUGCCAACGCGGCAACAUAUGGGUUUAAUCAUUAUCUAA